GGCCGGCCCGGGGCCCGGGGCGGGGGGAGGGGGCCGGCCACGAUGGGCCCCAAGCGCAGGCAGCUGACGUUCCGGGAGAAGUCCCACAUCAUCCAGGAGGUGGAGAAGAACCCAGACCUCCGCAAGGGUGAGAUCGCCCGGCGCUUCAACAUCCCGCCGUCCACGCUGAGCACCAUCCUGAAGAACAAGCGCGCCAUCCUGGCGUCCGAGCGCAAGUUCGGUGUGGCCUCCACCUGCCGCAAGACCAAUAAGCUGUCCCCGUAUGACAAGCUCGAGGGGCUGCUCAUUGCCUGGUUCCAGCAGAUCCGCGCUGCUGGCCUGCCCGUCAAUGGCAUCAUCCUCAAGGAGAAGGCGCUGCGCAUCGCCGAGGAGCUGGGCAUGGAGGACUUCACGGCCUCCAAUGGCUGGCUGGACCGCUUCCGCCGCAGGCAUGGGGUCAUGUCGAGGAAUGGAGUGACCAAGAGCCGAGCCCAGCCCUCAGCCCCUGCCCAGCCGCCGCCUCCUCCUCGGGCCCCGGCCCCUGUGCCAGCGGCAGAUGGUGGUAGUGGUGGUGGCGGCAGCAGGAGGUGGAGGGAAGAGCUGCUGCCCUCCUUGGCCGAGGGCUAUGCCUCGCAGGACGUCUUUAAUGCCACCGAGACCAGUCUGUGGUACAACUUCCUACCUGACCAGGCCCCUGCCCUUCGAGGCGAGGCCCGGCCUAGUCCCCGGCGUGGCACAGAGAGGCUCAUCGUGCUCCUGUGUGCCAAUGCAGAUGGGAGCGAGAAGCUUCCCCCGCUGGUGGUGGGCAAGUUGGCCAAGCCCCGGGGAUCCCGGGCCGGCCUGCCCUGUGACUAUACAGCCAACCCCAAGGGUGGUGUCACUGCCCAGGAACUAGCCAAGUACUUAAAGGCCUUGGAUGCCCGCAUGGCAGACGAAUCCCGCAGGAUCCUGCUGUUGGCCAACAGGCCCGCCGCCCCAGCCUUAGACACCUCCGACUUGCGGCAUGUUCAAGUGGCCUUCUUCCCAUCAGACACCCUCCAGCCCUUGGAGCGAGGUGUUGUCCAGCAGGUCAAGGGUCACUACCGACAGGCACUGCUGCUCAAAGCCAUGGCCGCCCUGGAGGACCAUGACCGGUCCCGGCUGCAGCUGGGCCUCACUGAGGCUUUGCGAUUUGUGGCUGCUGCUUGGGAUGCCGUGGAGCCCGCAGACAUUGCGGCCUGCUUCCGUGAGGCUGGGUUCGGGGGUGGCCCCGGACCAGACAUUGAUGAGGCUGUCAAGAGUGAGGAGGAGGAAGAGGAGGAAGAAGAGGAGGAUGAUGAUAAUGAGGAGGAAGAGGAAGAAGAGGAUCAGGGUGAGGAAGAAGGAGAAGAAGAGGGAGAGGAGGGAGAAGAAGGAGAGGAGGAGGAGGAGGAAGAAGAAGAGAGCUCAUCAGAGGGGCUGGAGGCUGAUGACUGGUCCCAAGGUGGGGGGGAGGCAGGUGGGAGUUUUGUGGCUUAUGGAGGUCAGGAUGAGCAGGGCUGCCCCACUGUUCAGCUCCUGGAGGCAGGGGAGGACUCGGAAUCAGAAAGUGAUGAGGAAGAGGAGGAGGAAGAAGAUGAUGAUGAUGAUGAUGAAGAUGAUGAUGAUGAGGAUGAUGAUGAUGACGAAGUGCCCGUGCCCAGUUUUGGAGAAGCCAUGGCCUACUUCGCCAUGGUCAAACGGUACCUGACUUCCUUCCCCAUCGAUGACCGAGUCCAGAGCCACAUUCUCCACUUGGAGCACGAUCUGGUUCAUGUGACCAGAAAGAACCAUGCCAGACAGACAUCAUCCCGAGCCUUGGCACACCAGAACUUAGCCUGACCAGCUGUCCCUGGACACUGGCCGAGGUGCACCGCAGCCCUGCCAUGUAAGGGAUUUCCGGGGCAGUUCUUUCAGGGACCAGGUGGUGAUGGUGGUGGGGAACUGUUUCCAACAUCGGGAUUUGACUCCCCUAGGUAAUGCCCCUCACCCCUGUGCCCCUUGGGAACUGGGCUCAGCCCUGUGUCUACCUGGGAGCUGGGUGAAAGUCAGCCUCACCUCCUUCCUGUUGCCUUUCCCUUUCCCCUCCUCCCUCCCCACCUUUCCCUCCCUCCUUCCCCCAGCUGCCCCCAGGGCUAGGAUGCCAGCUGUGAUUGGCAGGGCAGUGUGUAGAGUGGGGAGGGUUUCUUCUGAGCAGGCCCCACCCCAAAGUGCCCUAUAAAUACUGACCAGCAGGGGCAGCUGGGGGCAGGAGGAAGGGGCCCAAGACAUUUUGCUUGGUGGAUGGGAGAGUGCUUAGAAGGGUGUCGGCCUGCAGACCCCCCCAACCCCAUCCCAUUCCCUUAGCCUCUCACUUUUCACACUCUGCAUGGAGAUCCCACACUAGGGAAGGGGGCCAUUUCUAGUAGGGUUCCUGAGGAAGUGGGCUCAGUGGGGCCUGGAGGGGUGGCCCUCGAGAAAGCAUGGCAGCAGGCCCAGAGCUGCAAACCUUCACCAAGCCUGCCUGCCUGCCCACCUGCCUGCCAGGGAAUCUUUUUAAGUGCCCAUAGGGUUCCCCCAGCCCCAAAGGGAAGCUUUUGAGAGAAGCACAGACUCCUCCCCCUCCCAGGAGUUGGUUUGCAAACCACUCCUCUCUGGCCUCUGAUAUAUUGUUUUCAAACCAAGGGCUCAUUUCUUCCUGCCCCUGGGCUCCUGGUCUCCCAUGGAGGGUCCCUUGGCCUGCUGUUGCAGGAGAGACCCUACGAGUCCUGAGCAUUUCUCUCUCCUUGAGGUGUGAGGGGAGAAGGGGCUGUGUUUCUCUCUUGGGCUAGAUCAGGAUCCCAAAGCUGCCACAUCUUGCCUAGUCCCUCAUGCUCCCCCACCUUUCUCCCUCCGGAUGGUAUCUUCCCCAACUGCUGCAAGCUGCCAGGGGAGUGGGGAGGUGUCAUAACCUGCAGGGAGGGUGGUGGUAGUCCCUGGUUGGGUCGAACUACUCUCCAGCUAUUUCUUUUCCUAGUCUGAAUUCAAUAAACCCUUCCGACCCCCUUUUGCUGGGGGUCGGGUGUUUUAACA